UUACUCGUAUGAGAAAGAAAGCCCACCCGGGAAUCUCCGACCCGACCGAGAAAUGGGAUCGUCAGCGAAUACAGAAACCAACGGCAACGCACCGCCACCGUCGUCGAAUCAAAAGCCUCCGGCUACGAACGGCGUUGAUGGGUCUCAUCCUCCUCCUCCUCCUUUAACUCCUGAUCAAGCUAUUAUAGAGUCGGAUCCGUCGAAGAAGAGGAAAAUGGGGAUGCUUCCUCUAGAAGUGGGUACUCGUGUGAUGUGUCGGUGGAGAGACGGGAAACACCAUCCGGUGAAAGUAAUUGAGCGCCGGCGGAUACAUAACGGCGGUCAAAAUGAUUACGAGUAUUACGUUCAUUACACUGAGUUUAAUAGGAGGCUGGAUGAAUGGACUCAGCUGGACCAACUGGACCUUGAUUCAGUAGAGUGCGCUGUAGAUGAAAAAGUGGAAGACAAGGUAACAAGCUUGAAGAUGACACGUCACCAGAAGAGGAAGAUCGAUGAGACACAUAUAGAGGGUCAUGAAGAGCUGGAUGCAGCAAGUUUGCGUGAACAUGAAGAGUUCACGAAAGUGAAGAACAUAUCAACAAUUGAGCUUGGAAAAUAUGAGAUUGAGACUUGGUACUUCUCCCCUUUUCCGCCAGAAUACAAUGACUGUGUGAAGCUCUUUUUUUGUGAGUUUUGCCUGAACUUCAUGAAACGCAAAGAGCAGCUUCAAAGGCAUAUGAGGAAGUGUGACCUGAAGCACCCACCUGGUGAUGAAAUUUACCGAAGUGGUACCUUGUCAAUGUUUGAGGUAGAUGGCAAAAAGAACAAGGUUUAUGCACAGAAUCUCUGCUACCUGGCAAAGUUAUUUCUUGACCACAAAACUCUUUACUACGAUGUUGAUUUGUUUCUAUUCUACGUUCUUUGCGAAUGUGAUGACCGAGGAUGCCACAUGGUUGGGUACUUUUCAAAGGAGAAGCAUUCGGAAGAAGCAUACAACUUAGCUUGCAUUCUAACCCUGCCUUCAUAUCAAAGAAAAGGCUAUGGAAAGUUCUUAAUAGCCUUUUCCUAUGAACUGUCAAAGAAAGAGGGAAAAGUUGGGACACCGGAAAGACCCUUGUCGGAUCUAGGCUUACUAAGCUACAGAGGUUAUUGGACUCGUGUUCUAUUAGAAAUCUUGAAAAAACAUAAGGGAAACAUUUCUAUCAAGGAGCUGAGCGACGUGACAGCAAUCAAAGCGGAAGAUAUAUUAAGCACACUUCAGAGCCUAGAACUGAUACAGUACAGGAAAGGACAGCAUGUGAUCUGUGCGGAUCCAAAGGUUCUGGACCGACAUCUGAAAGCUGCAGGCCGAGGUGGUCUUGAUGUAGAUGCUAGCAAACUGAUUUGGACACCUUACAAGGACCAGAGUUAAGAGUAAGUACACUCCUCUUGUGCCAUUGGAUUUGAUUUGAGUGUGUAAGUAAAGCGGGCUGUCUUAUUCUCCUGAAAUGUAAGUGUACUUUACUUGUAAAUGUUGAAAUCGUACUUGGAAUGGUGUUUGUUUACAACUCUUAUAAUGAGGAAAUUUGAAGCAAUUUCAUAGGUCCAUCUUUCUUUUGCUAGUAUGUAUGUGAUCAUUUG